AUGCAAGAAAGAUUUCAUAUCCAUGAUACGUUACCAGAUUGUGCUUAUAAUGAUAAAACUGAACUCAAGGAUUCAAAUUACUCAUCGCUAAUCAAACCAGUGAAAAAACAAAGCACAUCUGUAACUAGGAUGGGAAAGGAAUCUGCCUCGCCUGAAGAAGGAAACCUGACCCAAUCGGCUACAGAGACUGAAUACAUAUGUUUUCAAAUUAAGGAAGAAUCUGCCUCAGACGAUGGUGAUCUUACAGACACUGACAUUUAUUCACCCACAGAGCAUACAUUUGUCCAUGUUAAGGAAGAAUCUACCUUGUGUGAAGAUGAUCUCACAGAUGACUUUUAUACUCCCUCAGAACAUAUAGAGACAUCAUAUACACCUACUUAUAUUAAAGCGGAAUCAGCCUCCGAUGAAGACCGAAAUCUGACAGACACAGACGCUUGUGACCCCAUAUUAAAUACGCAGCCAGAAUAUCAUAUUAAAGAGGGAUCUUCUUCUUGUGAGGAAGGGAAUCUCACAGACAUUUACACUCCGAAAGAACAUACAUCUAUUCAUACAGAUAACAAAGAAAAAGAGGAAAAAACUUCAUUUCAGAAAAACAUCUCUUCCAAAAGGCAUCUUACUAAACCAUUUUCAUGUUCAGACUGUGAGAAAAGUUUUCACUGUAGGUCAAGUUUGGUUAAACAUCAAAGAAUUCAUACAGGAGAGAAAGUCCAUUCAUGUUCUGACUGUGGGAAAUUGUUUACAAGUUCCUCACAUCUAAUUCAGCAUCAGAGAAUUCACACCGGAGAGAAACCAUUCUCAUGUUCUGAGUGUGAGAAAUGGUUUAAUAAUAAAUCAAGUCUUGAAAGACAUCAGAGGACACACACUGGACAUAAGCCAUUCUCAUGCGCUGAUUGUGGAAAAUGUUUUAAUAGUAAAUCAAAUCUUGAUAGACAUCAGGCUACCCACUCAGGACAGAAACCAUUUUCAUGUUCUGAGUGUGGGAAAUGUUUUACACUUAAAUCGGGCCUAUUUGAACAUCAGAUAAUUCAUACAGGAGAAAAAGUACAUUCAUGUGCUGAGUGUGGAAAAUGCUUUGCCCGUUCUUCAUAUCUUCUAAAGCAUCAGAGGAUUCACACAGGGGAAAAACCAUUUUCAUGUUCUGAAUGCGGGAAAUGUUUUACCUGUUCCUCACAUCUAGUAAUGCAUCAGAUGAUUCACAUAGAAGCAAAACCAUUUUCUUGCACUGAAUGUGGAAAAGGUUUUAGUUUCAAGUCUAGCCUUGUUGAACAUCAGAGGAUCCACACAGGUGACAAAAUACACUCCUGUGCAGAAUGUGGGAAAUGUUUUACUCGUUCUGCAUACCUUCUGAGGCAUCAGAGCACUCACACAGGAGAGAAACCAUUUUCUUGUUCAGAAUGUGGGAAAUGCUUUACCAAUAUAUCGAAUCUUGUUACACAUCAGAGGAUUCACACAGGUGUGAGGCCAUACUCCUGCCCAGAAUGUGGAAAAUGUUUUACUUGUUCCUCAUAUCUUGUUAUGCAUCAGAAGACUCAUAGAGGAGAGAAACCGUAUGCUUGUCGUGACUGUGGAAAAUGUUUUAACCGUUCCUCGCAUCUUCUAAGGCAUCAGAUAACUCACACAGGAGAGAAACCAUUUUCUUGUGCUGAGUGCGGGAAAUGUUUUACUGAUAAAUCAGAUCUUGCUAAACAUGAGAUGAUUCACACAGGAGAAAAACCGUUCUCGUGUUCUGAGUGUGGCAAAUGUUUUACUCUUAAAUCAGGUCUUACUGAACAUCAACGAAUUCAUACAAGGCUAUUUUCCUGUGCAGAUUGUGGGAAAGGUUUUACCCGUUCCUCAUAUCUUGUUAAACACCAGAAAAAGUCACACAUUAAAGAAAGUGUUGUCAUUUCCUGA